AUGCGAGCCGCCCCGAGCCUCCGCGGCUGCGUCUGCCUGCUGCUCGCCGCGAUCCUGGACCUGGCGCGCGCCUACUUGACUGUCAACAUUGAGCCCCUCCCACCCGUGGUGGCCGGAGACGCCGUGACCUUGAAGUGUAACUUCAAGACGGAUGGUCGCAUGCGUGAGAUCGUGUGGUACCGGGUGACGGACGGCGGCACCAUCAAGCAGAAGAUCUUCACCUUUGACGCCAUGUUCUCCACCAACUACUCGCACAUGGAGAGCUACCGCAAGAGGGAGGACCUGGUGUACCAGUCCACCGUGAGGUUGCCCGAGGUCCGCAUCUCGGACAACGGUCCCUACGAGUGCCACGUGGGCAUCUACGACCGCGCCACGAGGGAGAAGGUGGUCCUGGCCUCGGGCAACAUCUUCCUCAACGUCAUGGCUCCUCCUACCUCCAUCGAAGUGGUGGCCGCUGACUCGCCAGCCCCCUUCAGCCGCUACCAAGCCCAGAACUUCACGCUGGUCUGCAUCGUGUCUGGAGGGAAACCAGCGCCCAUGGUUUAUUUCAAACGCGAUGGGGAACCGAUCGACGCAGUGCCCUUGUCGGAGCCACCGGCUGCAAGCUCUGGUCCCCUCCAGGACAGCAGGCCCUUCCGCAGCCUCCUGCACCGGGACCUGGAUGACACCAAGAUGCAGAGGUCACUGUCCCUGCUGGACACUGAGAACCGGGGUGGGCGUCCCUACACGGAACGUCCCUACCGCGGCCUGACCCCAGAUCCCAGCAUCCUCCUCCAGCCGACCACCGAGAACAUCCCAGAGACGGUGGUGAGCCGCGAGUUCCCCCGCUGGGUCCACAGCACUGAGCCCGUCUACUUCCUGCGCCACAGCCAUACCCCGGGCAGCGACGGCACCGUGGAGGUGCGCGCCCGCCUCACCUGGACGCUCAACCCGCAGAUCGACAACGAGGCCCUCUUCAGCUGUGAGGUCAAGCACCCAGCGCUGUCGAUGCCCAUGCAGGCCGAGGUCACGCUGGUUGCCCCCAAAGGACCCAAAAUCACAAUGAGGCCCAGCAGAGCCCGCGUCGGGGACACGGUGAGGAUUCUGGUCCACGGAUUUCAGAACGAAGUCUUUCCGGAGCCCAUGUUCACGUGGACGCGGGUCGGGAGCCGCCUCCUGGACGGUAGCACCGAGUUCGACGGGAAGGAACUGGUGCUGGAGCGGGUUCCCGCCGAGCUCAACGGCUCCAUGUACCGCUGCACUGCCCAGAACCCACUGGGCUCCACCGACACGCACACCCGGCUCAUCGUGUUCGAAAACCCAAAUAUUCCAAGAGGAACGGAGGACUCCAAUGGUUCCGCUUCUGGCCCUGCCGGCGUCCGGCUCACCUUGGUGCUCACCCUGACAGUGGUCCUGGAGCUGACGUGA